ACCAAUGGCAGAAUCAUCAGUCAUACAAUGAGUUUCCCUUUUUCUCAACAAUGACCAUAAUGACCUUUCCCACUCUUAUAAAAGCUUCCUUCAUCUCUCAAUUAUACCGCGUCUUUCUCAUUUACACUCCAAUCUAACUCCUUACAAAAUCUCAAAUUCCGACAAACCCAUUUCCAAUGGCAACCGACACCACACCCGGAUCCGGAUCCAUUUCCACCCCAACCAGUGUCAAUGGCGACACCGAACCCCGCAAAAUAGCACUGAUCACUGGCAUAACCGGUCAGGACGGUUCAUACCUGACCGAAUUCCUCCUCAACAAAGGCUACGAGGUUCACGGGCUGAUCCGCAGAUCAUCAAACUUCAACACUCAGCGAAUAAACCAUAUCUAUAUCGACCCACACAAUGCCCACAAGGCCAGAAUGAAGCUUCACUACGCUGAUCUCACCGACGCCUCCUCACUCCGAAGAUGGCUCGACAUUAUUGCCCCUGACGAAGUCUACAAUCUGGCAGCUCAAUCCCACGUGGCGGUGUCCUUUGAGAUUCCUGAUUACACUGCCGACGUGGUCGCCACCGGUACUCUGCGGUUACUCGAAGCUGUUAGAUCUCAUAUUGACGCCACUGGGCGGAAGCAAAUUCGGUAUUACCAGGCGGGAUCGUCGGAGAUGUUUGGAUCUACUCCGCCACCGCAGGCGGAGGACACUCCAUUUCAUCCCAGAUCUCCGUAUGCAGCCUCCAAAUGCGCUGCACAUUGGUAUACAGUCAACUACAGGGAAGCAUACGGGCUGUACGCUUGUAACGGGAUACUGUUCAACCACGAGUCGCCGCGACGAGGAGAGAAUUUUGUGACGAGGAAGAUCACAAGGGCUGUCGGGAGGAUCAAAACUGGGCUUCAAAGUAAAUUGUUCUUAGGGAAUUUGAGUGCCUCGCGGGACUGGGGUUUCGCGGGGGAUUACGUGGAGGCAAUGUGGAUGAUGCUACAGCAAGAGAAGGCUGAUGAUUAUGUGGUGGCCACUGAGGAAUCUCAUACUGUGGAGGAGUUUUUAGAGGUGGCGUUUGGGUAUGUUGGAUUGAAGUGGAAGGACCAUGUGGUGAUUGAUAAGCGGUAUUUCAGACCGGCUGAGGUUGAUAAUUUGAAAGGCGAUUCGAGUAAGGCUAGGAAAGUUCUGGGUUGGAAACCUAAGGUUGGGUUUGAGCAGCUGGUUAAAAUGAUGGUUGAUGAAGAUGUUGAGAUAGCUAAGAGGGAGAAGGUUCUUGUUGAUGCUGGCUUCAUGGAUGCUCAACAACAACCUUGAUUUAUAUGAAUUGAUUAUGAUAUAGCCCACUUUCAUACAGCUACCGUGAGUCCUAAAGUACUACUGGAGCUAUUCUCAAUGUAUCGUGAAUGGCAGGAACAGAAGGCCCAACAGAUUGGCAAUCAACAGGAAAACCAAGGAACUGGU